AUGGUAAGAGUACUCAUUUAUUGUGGCGGUUACCCCGAAUAUCUACGCAUGACCUACGUCGGAGGCGAGAUAUAUGACCAAGGAGAAAUUGACGAAGACCUAUUAUCGAUUACGCAUUGGGGAAAAAAGCUACAUAGUUUGGGGUACAGGAAUCAUAGUGGGUUUUGGUGUAAGCUUGACGAUGAGUGGUCAGACAAUGGACUUCAUCACAUCCGUAAUGAUAGUGAUGUUAUUGAGUUGAUUGGUAUGAUACAAACAAAGAAUACAAGAGUGUUGCACUUAUACGUGGAUCAUGAAACUGAUGUGGCUGAUUUAAUUGACCCAACUGAACAACCAGCUGAUGUUGAGAGAGGGGUUGGGGAUGAGGGUUUAGUAGAAGAUGGUGGUGUUGAGGAAGGUGUUGGGGAGGGUGUUGGGGAGGAGGAAGGUGUUGGGGAGGGUGUUGGGGAGGAGGAAGGUGUUGGGGAGGACUCAUCUGAUGAUCCUGAUUAUGAAGCUAGUGGGGAUGAAAAUUUAAGUGAAUAUGAGACAACUGAUGCUGAGGAAGAAGAUCUUUACACAAAUGUUGGGAGAGGUAAAAACAUAGGGGAUGUUCACAACAACUUUGAUUGGUUUGGGGUUGGUGCAACCUCUAAUGCACCAAAUGUGGAUGUCAUCUCAACUGAUUCCGCUGAUAGUGAGCGGGAUAUGGAUAGUUUAUCCUCAGAGUCUGACGAUGCAAAUGCCUCUCGGUCUAGGCGCAAGAAGAUAAGAUACUCAGACUUCACUGAGAAUGAUUUGAAAGGCAAAAUAAAGCUGAAAAAGGGGAUCCGAUUUCCAAAUACAGCAUUGUUGAAGACUGCCCUUAAGACUUUUGCCAUUCAGAAUGGGUUCGAUUUUGUGUACCAACACAAUGAUAAAAUACGAGUGACAGCGGUGUGCAAACUAAAGUGUGGGUGGCGGCUUCAUGCGUCUCUGUCAAACAAACGAGAUGCCAUACAAAUUAAAACUUUUGUCAAUAAGCACAAUUGUGGCACGCAUCAUGAGAACAAAAAAGCCAACAUGCAUUGGAUCGCAAAUCAAUACCUUGAGGAGUUUAGAGACGAUCCCACAUGGACUGUAUACGCUUUGAGAGAGCGAGUUAAAAGGGACUACAAUAUUAGCAUUCCAAAAUGGGUUGCCUACCGAGCCAAGACAAUUGCCAUGAAGAAGGUAUAUGGGAGUGAGGUUGAGCACUACCAAAACAGUCGGGACUAUGCUGCAGCGGUUCACAAAUGGAAUCCGGGCAGCAUGUGUGGUUUGCUAAAAGACGACAUUCAUUUUCAUAGGAUGUUUAUAUGUUUGGAUGCAUGCAAGAAAGGUAUGAUUGCUGGAUGCAGGCCGAUGAUUGCAUUGGAUGGUUGCCAUUUGAAGGGUCCAUACGGGGGACAAUUAUUAUGUGCAGUAGGCAGGGAUGGGAAUGAUGACAUGUACCCAAUUGCUUAUGCUGUUGUAGAAUCCGAGUGUAGAGAAUCAUGGACAUGGUUUAUGGCUAGUCUUCUUGACUGCCUUGGCCCUAUUGAAGAGCGUGGAUGGGUAUUUAUGUCUGAUAGGCAGAAGGGUCUCAUGGAUACAUUUGAUGUUCUGUACCCUAAGGUUGAACAUAGGUUUUGUAUCCGACAUCUGCAUGCCAAUUUUAAGCAAAAAGGGUGGAAAGGAAGAGCAUUUAAAGAUGAGUUGUUUGGUGCAGCUAGAGCCACAACCGAACCAGAUUUUAAACGGCACCUGAAUAUGAUUAAGGGUAUGAGCCAAGAAGCUUUUGAUUACUUGGAAAAAAUUGAUCCUAGAGGUUGGUCAAGGCAUGCAUUUGGAACCAAUUCCAAAACUGAUAUGAUAUCCAAUAACAUUGCUGAGUCUUUUAACUCUUGGAUUAAGGAUGCCAGAGACAAGCCACUCCUAACUAUGUUGGAAAUAAUUAGGAGACAGUUGAUGAAUAGGUAUCACAUUAAAAGAGAAGGAGCUAGUCAAGCCACUAAUAGGAUUUGUCCAAAGAUCCUAAAAAGGCUGGAGAGGUCUAAAGAUCUACAGAGAAAUUACAUUUGUGAAUGGCGAGAUGGGGCAGCGUUUGAGGUAGACAGUUGCUAUGGUUCAAGGAGGGUGGUUAAUCUUAUCAACAUGACAUGUAGCUGUGGUAGAUGGCAGCUUAAUGGGAUUCCAUGUCCUCAUGCAUGUGCUGCCAUUUUCGCUGACCGGCGUAAUCCAGAAGACUUUGUGCAUGCGUGCUAUUGGUAUGAUACAUACAAGAAAGCAUAUGCUCCUUCAAUUCAUCCAAUGCCUGGCCCUGAUGAAUGGCCAAAAGUUACCCUUGACACCAUUCUACCACCAUUGGUGAGAACUCAACCUGGACGCCCUAAAAAAGCUAGGAAAAGGCAAACAGAUGAGCCUCAACACCCAUAUAAAGUUACAAAGCAAGGGUAUGAUGUUAGAUGUGGGAAUUGUGGGUUGAUUGGCCAUAAUGUCAGAUCCUGUCAUGAGCCAUUGCGGCCAAACCGUCGGAUCCAUAAGCAGAAACCGAGCAAAAAGAAAAGAAAUGAAACUGUGCGUAAUCAGGGCAGUGUGAGUAAUGAGCAAGUCUCACAACCAAAUACUGGGGGGAAUGUGACAACAACUAGAGGUUCACAACAUGAUGGGGUACAGGAAUGGAGUAACGUACUUUAUGAUUGA